GGAUUUGCACGCAAGUUAUCGGAAGAAGAGCGCAUAAAACAUGGUGAACAGUGGUUCCUACCCCAUCACCCGGUUCUCUCCCCACACAAACCCCUACCGAGAGUAGUAUUUGAUUCCGCGGCAAAACAUGGUGAUAUCUGCCUUAACGAUUGUCUUCAAGCUGGACCCAGUCUCCACAACGAUUUACCUGGCAUACUGAUGAGAUUCCGUGAGAAACCUGUUGCGCUUACUGGUGAUAUGUUCUGUCAUGUGCGAUUAAAACCGGAGGACUGUAAAUACCAUCGUUAUUUAUGGCGCGGAUUGGAUAUGUCGAGACCACCUGAUGUGUACGAGAUGAACUGUCUGGUGUUUGGAGAUAAAUCUUCACCCUGCGAGGCAAACUAUGCUGUGAUUCGCACCACCGAAGACAACAAGGAAGAAUGGCCCGCCGCAGCCGCAGUGGUCAAGCGUGAUAUAUUUGUUGAUGAUUUAUAUACGUCCUGUUAUGAUGAUGAUGAAGCAAUAACAUUGCGGAAGGAUGUGACAAAUUUGAUGGCGAAGGGUGGAUUCCCGAUGCGCAAGUGGCUCUCGUCGUCACGAAAGGUCCUGGAAACAAUACCCGAAAAAGAAAGGGCUGUCCCAAACAAGAACGUGAAUAGUGGAGAACUUCCGUCAGGGCGUGCGUUGGGGGUGAAAUGGGAUGCAAAGUCCGACAAUCUAGGCUUUGCAUUAGCACACAUUGAUCGUCCGAAGGCGCAAAAUACAAAGCGAGGUAUUCUGAAAAGAUUGGCUGCAUUGUACGACCUGUUGGGCUGGGCUAGUCCGUACGUUGUCCGUGCCAAGAUUCUUCUGCAACGCACCUGGUCUCGUGGCCUCCAGUGGGAUGAACAACUUCCACCGGACUUAGCAAUCGAAUGGCAGAAGUGGGAGGAGGAGAUGAUUUGGCUUAAAGCUUUCUCGGUCCCGCGCUAUAUCUACCGUGAGCCUUCGAAAGUCUGGUCUAAGUUUCUCAUAGUCUUUUGUGAUGCUUCAGAAGUAGCCUACGCCGCUGCUGCCUUUAUACGUGCAAAGUCAACCGAUGGAGAUUACGUGUGCCAUUUGAUUAUGUCGAAAACUCGUUUAAUGCCGCUCAAGACAGUCUCUAUUCCGCGCGGAGAAUUAAUGGCUUGUCAACUUGCUGUCCGACUCGCGAAGUCUGUUUGUGAGCAAACUGGGACUUGACAAGUGUCGUGUCAAGUAUCUGUCUGAUUCCACGACUGCGUUAUGGUGGAUCAAGGGUGAGCCAAGGAAAUUUUGUCCAUUUGUUGCCAAUCGAGUGGCAGAGAUCCUGUCCGAGAGUGAUCCAAUUCAGUGACAUCACAUUGGCACGAAGCUGAAUAUUGCAGAUAUUGCGAGCAGAGGAACGUCUGUAGCUGAUAUUUCCGCUGAUUCAACCUGGAUUCAGGGACCAGAGUUCUUAAAGUCUGAGUUCUCUGAGUGGCCUGUUGAUAAAGUUGCAGUUGAUUUUCCAGAGCCAAGUCAAGCGGAGUUGAAGAAAUCGGUUUUGAAGGCAAAGGUCGCACCAGCGAAGCCAGUUAUUGAUCCUGCCGCGUAUUCUAGCUGGAUCAAACUCACCCGAAUAACCGCAUGGAUAUUUCGCAUGUGUAACAAUCUGCGCAACAAAGGGAAACGAAUAUUGGGACCGUUGACUGUGGACGAACUCGAUAAUGCUAACUUGUACUGGAUCAAAUGGGGCCAGAGCGAUCGCUUCCAAGACGAAAUCGAAGCGUUGAGAAAGGGUCGUCCGGUUCCACGAGAUAGUCGUAUUGCAAGUUUCGAUCCCCAACUCGUGGACGGUGUUUUACGGGUAGGCGGCAGAAUCGAAAAGGCGGAAAUUCCGUGGGAGUCGAAGCAUCCAGUUAUAUUGGACCACGGACAUGAUGUCACCCGGUUGAUCGUGAUCCACUACCACCGAAAACUUAUCCACGCGGGAGUCGAACAUGUCUUUAAUCACGUACGUGAGAAAUACUGGAUUUUGCACGGUCGAGCAGAAGUUAAGAACUGUACAGUUAAGUGCCCACUAUGUUUUCGCCGUCGUUUUAAACCUAUGACGCAGAAAAUGGCUAAUUUACCGAAUGUACGUCUCGCAGGCGCAAGUGUUCCUUUUCGACACGUUGGGAUUGAUUAUGCCGGACCGUUUGAGACUCGAAUUGGACGCAAUCGAAAGGAAAAACGCUAUAUUUGCUUAUUUACGUGUCUCCAUAUGCGCGCGGUUCAUCUCGAGGUCGCACAUAGUUUGGACACUGACUCGUGUAUAAUGGCGUUGCGACGAUUUCAAGCUCGUAGAGGAGUCCCUGUUUGUAUAAUGAGUGAUAAUGGGACAAAUUUCGUAGGUGCCGAAAGAGAGUUGCGCGAAGCGUUGGAAGAUCUGGAUCAAGAGAAAAUCUCGAAUGAGUUAACAGCACGUGGAGUACGUUGGAUCUUUAACCCGCCUGCUGCCCCCUGGUUUGGAGGUGCCUGGGAAGCGUUAGUAAAGUCUGUCAAACGGGCAUUGAAAGUUAUGCUUGGGAAUGUUCUCACAGUCGAUGAAGUUUUCCUUACUGUCAUUGCCGAGGUAGAAGCGAUGCUGAACUCUCGUCCGCUUGUCUAUGGUGGAAGCAGCGAUUCACCAACAGAUCUCAGCGUGAUUACACCAAACCACUUCUUGCAUGGUCGUGCGAGUUCGAACGUGUCGCCCGGCGAGUUUAACCAAAGAGAUAUGUCGUUACGUCGAAGAUGGCGUCAUAGCCAGUUCUUAGCGAACCAAUUCUGGCGCCGAUGGUCGAAUGAAUACAUUCCGCAGUUAAUAAAGCGAAGCAAAUGGAAUGUUGCACACAGAAAUCUACGUCGCGGUGAUCUUGUCUUGAUCGUUGAGAAGGACGUACCUCGUUCGCAUUGGAGGCUCGGAAGAGUGAUUGCACCGAUCGCAAGUGAAGACGGACUGAUCAGAUCCGCGGAGAUUGCAACGAAAACUGGAACAUUGACACGUCCUGUAGGACGGUUAGCAUUACUGGAAGCUUUAAUGAUGAGUAACGUUCCCCCCGUUCACGUCACGGGCGGGGGUGUUUUGGACUUUGUCCAGUUUAUUAUAUAGUUCAUGUUAAUUUAUUAUGGUAAUAGACUUUUGUCCAGUAACAUUGAAAAUAGAGAGGUCAGAGGACAGAACGAACACAAAACGUUUGGAGAAACAGGGUUUUUCUGUAAAAACUGUUGAGUUAUACUAAAUAAAUAUAUGAAAACCUCAUGGUUAAUGAAAAUUACACGCCGUCUAUAACACUGCGUUUGCAUGUAUCAGAAGUGAAUAUCCAUUUCAGUUGAUGCACUAACGUCAUUGGUAUUGAUUCCAAACUCGGCACUAAGAACAGAUGCGCGCGCAUGCAUUGUGUUCCAUUUAAUCCCACAAUCAUUUUUGUUCGGUCUCUAGCUUUUUGUAAGGGACUUUAUCACUUAUAUCAGUGUCAACUGAUGAGCGGUACAUAAAGCUUAAAAACUAUAUUAAUAUUAAGUGCCAAUUAAUAAACUGAUUAGAUGCCAAACUUAACUGUUUGCUUAUCUGUCUAUUUUUCUGGACAAGUGAUCCGCAAAUGUUAUGUUGGAUAAGUAUCGUUACUUAGAUAUUCACCCAGGGGCGUAGGAACCGGGGGGGGUGGGGGGGGCACGUGCCCCCAAAUUUUUUCAAAGGACUAAAAGUGCCCUUUUUUGUGAUGAAAAGUGCCUUUUUUUGUGAUGAAAAGUGCCCUUUUUGUACAAGCUAAUGUCGCUGUAAAUACUAAAUUAACAUCAAAGGUGCCCUUUUUGUUUGGAAAUUUCCAAGUUUUUUAAAAAAAUUUGGUCAAAACCGUGCAAUUUCGGUAUGGUACGACGGGAAAAUUUUUCUCAAAUACACCAUUUUUAAUCGAUUCUAACACCGAGUAUUAAAUUGUUAAGCAUUACAAAUCAUAAUGAGCUACUUCAGUCCGGCUAGCCGGGUUAGCGCAGUGCAUGUAAUCGCAAUUCAAAAGUCAACUCGCUUAGCUGGGACAACUCGGCAAAGCGGGACAACUCGGCCCAUGUAAUCAGCCCCUAAAUGUAGUUUAAUUAAUUAAUUUAAUUAAUAAUAAUGAGUGCAAUAAAUAUUUAGCCUUGUCUUAAUUGCAUUUUACAGGGAAAGCUUCUAUCUAUUUGGUAAACUGUUCAGUCAGUCCAACAAUUUGCAAACAUCAAAAUGUCCAAGGAUUUCCUUCAGUAAAGUUAUUUCGUAGCUUGGUAUGGUCUCAGUUUGGUGGUUGCGCGACUGAUCAAAUUCAGCAACAAUAUAUUGUACUGGAUUAUCAUCGGCCUCUUGAGGUACUGCACCCUCAAGUUACAAUAUAACCAAUCGUAUAAAGUCGUACCUGUUUACAUUAAUGUUGAUCUUUUCCACCGAUGCAUGCCAGUAGUCUUUCAUGCAAGCUGCUCCCAGGCCCGUAUAUUGCAGUCCACGCGUGCGAAGUGAAGGAGUUCCACCCAAAUGUAGCUACUCUGCGAAGAGUUGCUUAAUAUACCUUAUGCAUAAUGACGUCACAAGGCGUCAAGCCCGCGAGGAAUGCUGGUAUUAGUAGUCAUCGCCCGGGAAAAUUUCGAUAGUGGCCAUUUUGAAUUGUUUAAUUUUCCCGGGCGAUGACUACUAACUAGUAAUUCUCCCGAGCAUCAAGCCUUGUGACGUCAUUAUCAGUGUUGUAGUACUCGAGUCCGGACUUGGACUCGAGUCCGGACUUGAGGGCAUGACUCGGACUUGAACACAUCGGACUUGGACUCGAUAUCAAAGAACUCGGACUUGGAUUUGACACCUCUGACUUGGGAAUUUAGGUCAAGUCCUGUACGAGUCCACCACUUAAAUUUCCUCGUUGAUAUAUACUCAUUGCUUCGAACAAAUUAUGGCCUCUAUAUAUAUACAUUGCCACCCGGCGUUGAAACAGCACAAAUUGCUCCGUCAGUACGAGUUUCGAGCUUAAUUUUCCAAAGAUCUUUUUCGCGACAAGAAUAUAUACCAAAUGGAAACACUACGUGAUUUGUUUCUGCGACAAAAUUCGACGCGACGUGCAAUAACUCGCUGACCAAAUGAGAGAGGUAGAGAUCACAUGAUUUACAUCUUACGACUUUCAAUUAUUAAUCAAUGCUUUUUCUAUGGAUAUAGAAAAAUAUAUCUAUUUACGGAAUUCAAUACUUUAAAUUAAGUGUUCCAUUUGUUUUAUAUAUUCGGACACAUGCAUGCACUGCAUGUAAUGUAGGACCUUAUACUACUUUGCACUGUACAUGUUUUAAGCUCAAAAUUGAAUAUCACUAUAGUAUGAUCUAUUUGCAACUGAUGGCGUAGCCAUGGAGACCUUCAUUUUUUUUUGAGGGGGGCGAAGCGAACGGCGAAGGCGUGAGAGUGCCUAGUGGGGUAGGGGGGCAUACACCACCGGAAAAUUUUGAAAUCUAAAGUCCCUGAAAUGCGAUUUCAAGCAUUUUGGGGAUGAAAUCUUGCGGAAUUUCGAAGAUUAUAUUAAAGUAGUCGAAGACAUGAAUUUCCCCAGACAUUUCUCCUCGGAAUUAAAUAAAUUGGAAAUAAUAACAAUGAUAAUAAUAAUAAUAAUAGUCUUUAUUAAAAUACUCAGAUACAUCCGUCUGAGUUUACAAUCGAAAGGUAAUUGAUCUAGAUAGUUAUAUUUACAAUGUAAGUUAAGAAGCGUAAAAAGUUUUUAAAAGUUUUAAAUACAUUAAAGUCUAAACAAAGUUAUACAGACAACGAUUUAUGAACGACCUUUUGAAUCUUUCUGUUCUCACUAGGGGGAGUUCAUACUCAUGCCCUCUAGGCCUAGGUAACCUACUUCUUUUUUCCGGCAGCAGUUCAAGCAAUGCAUUGUCCUCAGUUGAUGUUAUUUUGUUCCACAGUUUCUUAUCUCUCUUAUCACGUAUUGUCACCUUGAAAAGCAAGAGGAGGGGUCAGUGUCACCUUCUUUCCCCUUUGUGAUGCUGGAAAUCCCAAUGCUAUUUUGAUCAGAAAUGUUGCAUUUAAAUAAUUCUAGGUUCUAUGAGACAACAUUUCUGCAUUCUCGAAAUCGCGUUUCAAGACGUACUUAGUCAGUUUCAGCUUCGAGCAUGUAAUGUGUACCCCCUCCCCCCUAUUUCUCUACAGAUUUAGCCUUUUUGAGAAAAUUGUUUUUGCCACCACCAUAUUACUUUGAUUACAUCGUGACUGACUUCUGCAAAAAUGCAUUAAGUGCCUGUGGAUUUGAUUAUAUAUACAUAUACUUCAUCAUUUCGGACUUGGACUCGAAAUAUUUAGGACUCGGACUUGAAAAGGUUGGACUUGAAAUUUUGCUAGAGACUCGGACUUGAAUGUAUAGGACUCGGACUUGGACUCGUAAGUUGUGGACUCGACUACAACACUGGUCAUUAUGCAUAAGGUCUAUUGAUAUGAAAAAAUGCAAGUCCUGCGAUAUUUUGAAGAGAAGAGUUUACCGUUCCUAUCCUCUCAUCACUAAAUAGGAAUAUUGCAGGAAUUGAUUUAAAUUUUAGAUACAUUUUAUUUUCUUUCUCCUAUCAUACCCCUCUCUUGCAUGGCCUUUACUCUAUCACCCUCUACAUUUUGUGCAGUAUUAUCUUUCCCUUCCUGUCUAGGGUAUUAUACAUGAACUUGUGUCUAUAUGCGAACUUUUGUCAUGUAUAUGUACUAGGGUAUUAUAUACAUGAACUUGUCUAGUAUAUAUACAUGAACUUGUGGUUAGAGCUCGACAACUGGCCUCUGUACCUCAGUUGGUUAGAGCGCUGCACCGAAAUCGCAGAGCCGCAGGUUCGAUUCCUGCCAGGGACCUAAAGUUGCAUUUUUCGCAGCUGUUCCUGGAUAUUAGGUCUAAUAAAUAAAUAUAAAUUUCCACUCGAGAUAAUUUCCAUCUACAAUACCCUUCAACUAUUUUAAAUGUUUCGUGUUUUUGUUUAGCCAGUUAACAUAAUUCUUGAAUGGUUUUCUAAUUCGUCUCUGCCAAGUGUUAAAAAGGAUUUCUUACUUAGCAACAUUCCCAAGCCACUAGUAAGUAUAUAUAACUAAAAAAUCCAUUUGAUAAGCUGUAAGUCUACGCCGAUACGUCCCCGCAUUGAAUAUAAUUUUGGAAAAAAGAUCACUAUAUCCAGUGGAAUGUAGCGCUAUCCCGGCUUCGUACAACUGGCCCAAGACGGAUAUCAUUAUAAAUAGAGCAUGGUUUAAACGCUUUGUUCUAUAGUCCAAAAAGAGGAGAUUUUCCAUUAACUUUAGAUUAUUUUUCGUUAAGAACCAUGAUGUAUACUUGGUUGGGACAGUCGUAACAAGAUCUCAAGCAUUGCGUUUCUUACCAGCUGAUACCCACAACAAAUGGUACUCCUAUUUAUGUUUUGAAACCGCAUGUGAAUUAUUGUUUGGAAAAGCUACUUGUUAUGUGACCAUGACUAAAGACUUUGGAAUAAGCAAUGAUAUGAGAAAGACAAAUAAUAAAGACCUGUUUUUAAUUAAGGUACGAGAAGCAUUAAUGUGUGGAAAACUAGUUUCAUAUUAUUCUGACACUGCAGAGUACAACGAAACAUUCGUUCUCUCGAGCGGGAUGCAUGCAUCUUCGGGUUUGUAGACAGCCGCUCUAUCGAUGCAGCUAUUGAAUCAAAGGAGAUUGGUAGCGAGUCUUAAUCCAACUUUCGCGACGACUUAACGCGUGUUUUAAUUGGAGGACGCGCAGUGUUUCUAUUUCAGAACUACCCUCAAAGAUAUGAACAACCAGAUAUGAAACUAGUUUGAAACGGGGUUGGUUCUGAAAUUAAAUUAAUGUAUGCAGGUGAUGAGAUGACUUCAGUUAGAUUUUAGAGGUUUUGUUGUGGUGUUAUAAUAUAGUCUUCCUACCAGGCCUGAAUGCCGUGAUAAAUUCCUCUCUAAAACCAGAAUCAUGUGAUAAAACUAAUGAGAAUAUAAUGGGAUGGAGUAUAGAAUGGUAUACAAUAGAAUAGAAUAGAAUAGAGUGCAACAGGACAGAGUGGAAGAAUAAAAAAGAAUGAAAUAGAAUAGAAAUAAAAUCGGAUGGGAUAAAAAUUGAAACGGGAAAGAAGAGAACAGAAUGGAAUACGAUCAUUGGAAUAGGAAAGAAAAGAUAUGAUAGGAUGUGCAUGGCAUUUGAAGAGAUGUAUAUGACGGAUAAGAUAGAUUUGAAAAGAAAAUAUAGAAUGGAAUACAGGAAUAGGCAAAUAGUAAAAAUUCUAGACUGCACCGGUAUAAUGGUUGAAGUUUGAAAUCUUGGCAAACACAGAAAAGGAGAGAAAUUGUAACAUUUCAGGUUUCUUUACUUUUCGUAUUUUAGUUGGAAUUAUUUCGAAGUGACAACAUUGAAGCCAGAAUAUUUGAACUUGGAGUGCCCCUGGAAACAACCAUGCGCAAUGAGCAAGAAUCAGAAUUACACCAAUUUCACAAUGCUCACAGGUAUUAAAGAAAAAAAUUGUUUGGCACAAUCUGAAGAUUGGAACAUGACAGGCCCCUGGGUUCAUUAACUAUUUCCAGGUGCGCUUGGUAUUUUGUGAAGAUGGACCCAAAAUGCUCAUCUUAUGAGGUGCCCACCUCAUAAGAUGAGCAUUUUGGGUCCAUAUAUUUUUCGCCCUAACUCCUUCCAAAGAGCCACGCGCAUCCUGGAUUGAAAUUUUGAGCCAAAGGCGUUCCCUUAUUUAUAUAAACGUUUACCACUAUUUCCUAUUCUAAAGAGCCCAAUUAUAUAUAGGUAAAAUAGAUACAGCAAUGUUCAUUUCUAACAUUUUCCUUAAAAAAUAAAUUAAAUACAUUCUAGUUAUUCAUUUGGGAAAGGAUUUCGAUGUGAGGAUGAUCAUUCUCGAUGUACAGAAUUUAUUGUAAAGUUUGUCAAAGAUCACUCACGAUUACCUGUAACUCACUUGUCUCACGAUGGAUUUCACACGAUAAACAGGUACAGUAAAUAAACUCGAACGUUCCAGUGCCAUCGUAGGUAGUAACAAAAGUACCAGAGAAGUGCAGAUGGAUUCAACUACCCGAGUUAGCCACUAACCUCCCGACUCCUUCGCUCGAAACGUCGAGGUUUUCCUUGUAUUUUUCAGAAAGUGGAGUCCAUAUCCAUCUGCAUUUCUCAGGUACAGUAAGUAUUCUUUUGGCUGUCACUAAACAUGUCAAUGUUUUUUAGUAACAUCAUUCAGAAACGUCUCAUCGCCUACGCCUUAAAGCACGUUUUUCACUUCAAGCGUAUUGUACCGCAAUGUGACGUAUUUGUUUGUUUCGUAAUCGAUUGCGCUCAACUGAUGGCUCCACACAACAGAAAAUGCUACCUAGUACCGUAUGUUACGAUAUGGUUAAAUUGGAAAACAGGUUGCCGACCACGUUCACACGCUACCAGACGAAUUUAGCACCAUGUUUCCACAAGACCAAAGCAGUAAUGGUCUCGUCUAAACAGCAUGGGAACUUUGGUCUUAAACUGUCAAAGCUGUGGUCAGCGUAACAGGCUCUCGAAGUUGUAGCAAACAAACAUACUCGUUAUACAGUCUUAUAUUGAUCAGUUGUUUUAUUUUUGGUGUUGAAACUUUAAAGGCUAUUCAGCGAUGGUACAAGAUGGUCAGAAGAACUUCCUAUUGUUGUAGUCUUAGGUCACAAAGACAAUAUGACAAAGAAUAGCAUAUACUCACUGGUAAUGUUGUUUAUGUUAUACAUUUCUGUUUUGCAAUGUCGCCAUGCAUGUCAAACAUGUAUAAGUACUCCGUAUAUAUAUGACAUCCAUGCGAGUCGAAGCCAUUGCCAGCAUUUCAGUUCAGGGUUCGUUGUUUUUUAGUGCCUGCAAGCAAAAUUCAUAACGUCACACUGUGUCUGCAAAAAUGCAUCAUAUUUUACGCUUUAAGAGCUAAAUAUUGUUAAAAUGCCAAGUAUUUUAAAUUGUGCAGGGCACAAAUUCAAAAUUUAAUGAUGCCUGGUGCAGUCGCUUAGCGUUAGACUGCAUGUGUAAAAUAAUAAAGUAUGUGAUCAAUGGUAGUCAAUGGCUUAACAAGAGAGAUGAACAUACAAUUAGGUUAACCCAUCAACGCCCAACACGUUUCACCCAAAGAGUAAAUAAUAUAUAAGUGAAUAUUACAACCAUCUGAAAUUUGUUCCUUUAUUAUACUGCAGGAAAUUACCAAGGCAGCAUACGAGUUAUAUCGUCACGUGCUAUUUACGUUACUGGAUGUAGAUGAGUAUCCAUGGUGGGCAAGACAGUUUGUUCCUCGGGAUUAUGACACAACACAAAUGACCC